GAGUGCGAUUCAUAUAAUUUUACUUAUUAGAUUCAAUAAAUUAUAAAUAUCAUUCAUUGUUCCCGCUCAAGCUCUCUCCCUCUCUUAAAAAAUGUCGGAGAAUCCACUGCAGCAUCUCUUCCAGACCUUUCAGAAAAUCUCAAGUUGCGUCCAAACUCAUUUCUCCAAUUUCGUAGCUCAACCUCACCUAUCCUCACCUUCUGGUAAAACCCCUCUCUUCUCCAUCCCAUUAUCAUCACCUAAAGUAAACCCAUCAAACACAGACGCUGCCCUUCUCCAACCCAAAGACGUUCUCAACAAGGGAAAAUCUACUGCACCUGUGACUAAAGAAGAGCUCGGAAGAGCUACUUGGACUUUCCUUCACACACUUGCUGCUCAGUAUCCAGAAAAGCCAACUAGACAACAAAAGAAGGAUAUAAAGGAAUUGAUGGCAAUAUUAUCCCGGAUGUACCCUUGCAAGGAAUGUGCAGAUCACUUUAAAGAAGUUUUGAGGGCAAAUCCUGUACAGGCUGGAUCUCAGGCCGAGUUCUCACAAUGGUUAUGCCAUAUUCACAAUGUAGUCAACAGAAGCCUUGGCAAAUUAGUAUUUCCCUGUGAACGAGUUGAUGCCAGGUGGGGCAAGCUAGAGUGUGAGCAACGAGCAUGUGAUGUUCAAGGAACUACAACAAAUUUUCCUGGAGAAUAAAAUAUCUACUAUUAAAUACUUGAUUCACUGGAAUUCAAAAACGAUGCUAUGAAAUAUUGGUUUAUAUGUACAUGAAUAUAGUAAACACUAUUGAUUUCUUUGGUUCAA